AAAAGCUACCGAGGGGCAUCCAAAGAGCGAUAUCGCAGCAUUUCAAAAGACCGUAUGAUACGAGCACAACACGCGAAUUUGAUUCGUCGUGAACAGGCGGAGCAUGAGGGAAAGAGUAAUGCGGCAGCACAAUUAUACCAACAAAGCUAUAGUAGUAGUUCGUGCUCGUCUAUUCAUCCAUUUCCAUCCUCAGAGUACCAAGGACCAGCGAAGGGAGGACAAAAGAAAGGCGGACGUGGCAAAAAGAGCCAGCUACAGUCUUCGUUCCGUGGCGUCACCACUCGUGGCGGUUCCCACCAGCUCAGUGACAACAGGAAUUGGCUUACCGAUUACAGUCAGGACGAAAGAGGAGAGUAUGCUUUCCACUCAGAUGGAACUGUCGCCAUGUCUCGGCAUACGAACGAAGAAAGCACUCAUUGCGGACAACUACAGCAGCUACACCCAUCUCAGAGCGGACCACGCCCACCGCGUCCAGCACGUCUUAAAGGUGAGCAGAAGGACAAGCAAGGCCAGCCGACAUGUUCUCCGCGGGGAAAAGCGAAAGGCAACGGAAACACUUCGGGGCUUCCACUGAGUGAUCUAUCCUGCGUUGAGACUCGAAGCAGCCUCUCGCUUGCAACCGCAUCGUCCUCUAGUAAGUCGGUGUCUCCUAGUGAGAGACAAAUCAAUCCCGGCGGCCGCACUGGCGACGAAGGGCCUUACAACUCUUUGGACGACCAACACCUCGUUCCUUUUCGUGGUGAGUCCGAAGACCAACAAUUGGACCACCAGAAUCAACACGGACAGGGAGCUGGCGGUCUUCAUGACACUCAUCUUCAGCAACCUGGAGAAGACAAGAUAACUGGCACGAUGACAUCUUCCACGUUCACUUUUGCAGCCGGUUCGGGGCAGUGCGAAGGCAGAAGCAACGAAGUGCGAUUCAUGGAGCCCCUGAGGAAGGGAUCUACAUCAUCAUCAAAAUUGCGCACUUUCGAUGAUCUGGUGGGCAGCGAAACUCAGGGACCCGCACCCAACGCAAUUAUAUCGCGUGACGUUGCAGGUGACGCUGAUUGUGACCCUGGUGGUGAAGACGCACAUUUUCUUCCCGCUGACGGACUAUUUCUCGGCAAGGCCGGUUGUAUUGAGCAAGGUGUUCAAACGGAUAUUGCCUCUCUCGACGAUGGAACCGAAGCUCGAGACGAUGCAGCAAUUCGAAAUAUGUCACAGGAAGCUUUAAGUGAGCUUUCUGUGAGGGUGCUUUUCGAGCUUCUACGGAGAGGAAAAGGGAGUCCAGCAAACAUACUUCCGCUGCAGCAUGUUGUGAGCCUCAGCUCUACUAGCAGCGGUGCAAAAUCCUCACGCUCUUUUCGAUCACACAGAGACGAGGGCAGCCUGGAAGCAGAUGAUUGCAAAUCGAAAUACAAACACGGUGAGACGUGCGCAAUAACCGAUAAAGGAAACCGUGGCACCGCGGCCGAAGAUAACGCCAGAGAACUCCACGGUCCGCUUUUGCUAAUGGACGCUAACGAACUACCAUCGCUGGCUUCACACUUUGUUAUGGACCAAGGCGUCGACAAAUCUGUAUCUGUCACAAAUCCUCAAGGAGAUGGCUGCAACAUGACAUUGACAGGUGGAGACCUUGCUGGCGUAACAGCAAAAUGGACGAAUGGGAAUGCAGCAGGCGGCAGUAGUUCUCCCGCGGCAGCGGCAAGCGCAUCAACGAGUAGAAAAGAACCCACUGCGUCUGCACUGGCAGCCGCGUCGCAAGUGAUUUAUUCAUCGGCUAGUCAGCAUAACACAACCUCGACAGCGAUCUCCUCGGCUUCUAGCAGCACGAUGCUUCCCAUAUUUCUGUCUGAAAGUUCUACUGCGCCUGUCGGCAACGAAAGUAACAGGAACUGCAAUUCUGCAACACAUGAUACCCACCAGCGGCUGCGCCACUCGAAAAUGUUGGCUGGAGAUACUACGGACCAGGGAGACCAAGUUGCCGUCGGCCUGUCUUCUGUUAUAUGCACGACUCUGGCAGGAGUAGCGUCGCAAUCUGCGGCGAUGCAAAGCGUCGAAGCAACCUCCUCUCUCCUCCUUCAGCAGCAAAGACUUCUCCCUGAACCUGACACAAAUUACUACAAUAUCCAACAAGCCACAGCUACAGCAGGAAAAACUGGAUUUAACAUCGCUCCUCCCGAAGUAGCGGCUGCGCCGUGGUUUUCGAAUCAACUUCUGCUGGCAAAUGAGCAGAGUCGUGUCAUCGCCAGAGCUUUCCCGCAUCUUGCACGAACAGCAUUAUCGGCUGCUGCACCACACCAGCAGAACUCGGACCUACCGAUGCUUACCGCCAUGGGUCCCACGUCAUCUUUCAUGAACGGAUAUCCGAAAGGGAAAGCGCGUGUGACAGAACAACAACAACAAGAACAAUUGAUGUUCCAGCAGUCUCCAGCACUCAAGCUUAAAUCUCCGCAGCAAGAGCCGCAACAGCGUGGCAUGCUGCACAGAACGCCAUCACUAGGAGUUUCAAACGUUGGAACAGGCGGCCUCUCUGAAGCCUCGGGCUGCAACGCCAAAUCUCGCGUCAAUGCGCAAGGUCACUCUGGCGGAGCAUGUUAUUUGCCGUCGCACGUUGCACCUUUUUCUACGCCGCUACAGGGCAUUCUGUUUACUGCAGCAGCGGCUGCUGCGAAUAAUGGUACUUUUGCUUCAGCAACGAAUGUAUCAUUUGCAGCUUCAGUUCCGUGCUUUGUCAAUGAAGAUCAUGGACUCCAUGCAAAUGGGAUGCAAUAUCGCUCUUUCGCUUCAUCGUCAUUGCAGCAGCUGCUUACUACGGAAAUCGGCCAAAGCCAAUUUCACGCACCUAAUCCGUAUUUUGACGGUGACGCACCAGCAAGCGGGAGCACGGGUCAAAAUUUAUUUUUGCCUCAACAUGCGGUUGAAGACGAUUCAGCUUUUGCUGACGUCGGUGUUGAGCGAGUGGUGGAGGAUGUUGGCGGUGAGUUCUCUCCUGCUACUGACUUUUCGCAAAGGUCGUUCCAUGCAGUGCAAAACCACGCCGGUCAAGCUGAGAAAGUCGACAUAAAGCGCAAUUUGUCUUCCACAGCAGAAGAAAAUAUUGAUGCAGCACCCGCAGUCGCGCUCUCCGCUGCGUUGACUCUCGAGUUGCAGCAGGCACACCAAAGGCCGUGCUCCUCGUACCUGCAGCCUGGGCCGAUGAGCGUGUUGUCGACUCCCUCAGCUGGGAUUGGGAACCUCUUUUGCGCGACAUCGAUUUCCGGCUGCAACCAGCUCAGUAACACCACGCAGGAGUAUACGCCUAGUCCCGCAAAUAGUAAGCCUCAAGUCGUCAACGUCGCUCCUGUUGCGGAGACGGGAAUUACUGUUGCAACGAUCAAUCCACAUACUGACGCUACCGAUCGAAAUCCUGUUUCAGGAAAGGGCGAAAUGAUCGAGCAUGAUGAAGAAGUAGGAAAAGGGCAUGCCGCUAUUGAUGUGAAUGGUAAAGGUAAUACUUCUACAUCACGGACAGCUGAAACAAGCAAUUCACGAUUUGGAAGUCACGGCAAACAAGACAGUGCCGCUUGUUCUCGUACUUCAAGUAAGCGGGUCAGCACCUCGCCUCCGGAAACGGGAAAAGGCGCUGCGGCAGGACAAGCGUAUCAUCAGCCUCUUGCUGUCGCAGCGUCCUUUUCCUCAUCUUUCUCUUCUGCAACGAGUUCGUCAUCUAGUGCCGCUACUUACGCGAGCGCGGUUGCGAAGCGGCGCCAGGCUCGACAUCUCGUGGUGCAGGAUAGCUACAAGCGGUCGAGGGAGAUGGCAGCCGGGUAUCAUGGAGGGAACGCAGGCGGUGAGCCUGGGGCCUGCGGCUAUGCUAAACACAACUUGCCAGAAAAGGUCCACUCUUUGUUCGAGAGCGGCACAGUGGUGCAACGAUGGAAAAGCUUCACGCGUGGUGCCAAAUACGACGAGGACCGACGGAGGCGCAUGGCUGACGCGCGACUCGAGAACAUUUCCUGGCGUCUGUGGUUUCGAGCGCAGCGUGCAGCGGCUGAAAAGGGGGCUCGACAAGCCGAAAGACGUUUGGCCCUGGAGCAGGGACGAGAAGUGGAAGAAGACGGAAUGUGUGGGAGCAACGCCGCUGAAUCUGACCCCACGUUCAACAACGACGGUGCAGCCUCAAGUGGAUCGCCAGAUCACGACAACUUUUACGGAGAUGAUCGGGACCAGUCAUCUUCGCUGGAGCGCUUCCGCAACGACCGCGCGCAAACGAAGCACCCGAAUCGUGCCCCAGGACCAGAUGGGUCAGUGCAUCAAAACCGGAGAGACCGCAUGUACUAUCGUGCCGCAGAUCGACACUAUACCUACAGCAGCAAGAGGAACGCAUCCACGGAAGUUGGACGCGGUACUAGGACCGGUUGUAUUCCUGCCCGGCGAAAUAGCGCGGAUGCAGCACUGGCGAAGCUUCCUAGCCGAGGAAAUCAGUCCGGAGAAUACCAGGGAGGAAAAAGGUGCGGAUUCACUGGAGCUACUGACUCUGCGUCUGUUAACGGAGGCCUGGCAUCAGAGGGGCACGCGCGGCAAAAGACGUCUGCAAUGCGUGCUUAUUCUGACGAUUGCCUCCUGCAGUCAAUGUCAAAUUUAACGCGCUCUUCCUCAUCCGGGUCGGGUCCCAGAAGCAGGAGGCCUCAAAUCGGGCACGUUCGAAACUUCUCCGCACGUAAUGGCGCACUUUCGACCGCGGAGCGAGCGUCAUUGUCGUCCCAUGAAAAAGGUGAGGGCAGCACUCCUCCGAAGGGUUGGCAGCGGCACAGCGAGCCUUGCAAGCGAACACUACCUGAAGAGGACUAUCACUACUACCAAGCUCGUGGCUCGGUUGCAGCAGACGGCGGAGCCUACGCGGGCGGCGGAGGCGAGUGCGUCGCCUCCGACGGUCGUGGCCACCGCGUUCCUGGGCACGGAGAUACCCUGGAUUCCUCGCGUGCGAAACACCCUGCUCCUCGACACGUCGGCAGACACUCGGGUACGAUUCACAAGACCAAGCUUGCAGCGAUGGGGGCAACGCGAAGGCGCAAACGGCAAGAAAGUGACAUGUCGCUGUGCAGCGAAGAGCGGAUUGGGAAACUCCUCAGCAAGUAUGCUGAGCGCUCAGACGAAAACCCCGGAACUUGCGACUUCAGAGUCGGAAGUUAUCGAACCGACCUCUUAUUUUUCAUAUUCUUUUACUUCUAGGUACAUACUGCAGUCUGCAGUAAACAACUCCAUACUUCUAGGUACUUAUUCAUCAUGUUCAUCGUCAUGCUGAUGAUGUUCGCUUAUUUCGUAUUUACUGAAACUGCACUCCGCAGCCGAAACGCUUUAUUAUGUAGUUGAAGUAAAACCCCUAGAUAUUAUAUAAAUAUGCUUGUCAGCUUAUUAUAUUAUAUAUUUAUAUUAUAAAUAUGUCACAAGCAAAUGCAAGAUGUAGAAGCCGUGCUUCACUGUGAAGAAAGUGAAGCUAUAUUCAGGAGAGGAAUUUUUCUAUACUAGUUUCGAAUGUGAUACGUGAAAAUAUAAAAGGAUAGUUGUGAUGUGUUGAUAUCUUGAGGUCAUUGAACAGUCUAAUUCUUUCGUGGUUGUGAUUCACGACACAGUGUUGAGCAGCGCGGUAAAGGGCCUCGCGCUUUAUUUACAAGGCGGUCUACUGUGGAUAUGUCUGCCGAAUCUGCGCCAAACAUGGACCGUAAUAUUUGACUGCUAAUAUUCUGCUAUUUCAGUCUCAGAGGUAGGUACUCUAAUUUACACAAAAUAACAGACCUUGUUGAUUGUUGCCUAUUGACAUAGUUAAAUGGCUUUCAUCCACCAAAUAGUAGAAUUAGUACAUCAUUAGGCACCAUUACCAUAAGCUGAUAAGCAUAAAUUGGAAAUUCUUAGCACGACUUGAAAUACUACAAUAACCGUCGACUACAGGAGGAGGAUCAAUGCUUGCAGAUGACGAAUUAGUGCGCAGUCUUCGGGCAGUAUGUUCUCCGCCACCCGGCCUCGAAAACGAAAUGGACUAUCGAAUGUCCAAGCGGCCGUCAACUGUCCAGCUUAGCCGUUGUAGCACAAAGAGUCUGAAUUCCGACUACCCCACUUUCUGCGGGUCCCAGCGGCCUACCGACAGCUAUGGACAAGACUACUCCGGGAGUGGGAGCACACGCGUCCUUGGCGGGGUAGAGCAGCGCAAAAUUGGAGUUGCUAGCGGCAUGCACAGCAGCUCGAGUAGCAAAAGUCAAUCGCAGCUUGGAAAUAGCGAAAACCAGCAAUGGGUAUGUGAGCCGUGCGACGAUGAUGCUGGAGCGCACGCUCUUGCUAAGGACGCCAGAGGGGAGCCGGGAGAAAAUUCGAACGCUGAGAAAUACAACCUGACACACAACGCUUUCACUGACAGAGCAGCCGGAUCGUCGCAUGGAUCUCGUGCCGGACACAAAGCUUGGCGUAGGCCAAGCUUAGCGCAAAGCGUAAGCAGACCUCCCAGCGAUGGCCCGGGAGGAAUAAAAGAGAAUACAAUGCUGCGCGAUGUUGUUGCAUCGAAGCAACAGGAUCACUUCUUGGGGAGAGAUAUUGAAGCCUACCGAGGGCCUGGCAGUUCACAUACAACAAAAAAUACGAACAAGCCCACAAGAAGUUUCAACAUGUACGAAUGGGUACUCGUCCCCUUUCCAUGUCUUAUCUGUUCCGAGGCGAGCUGUGUCUGCGGGGUCGAACGACCCCGGUGGGCAAAAUCCAAGCCACCAAACUUCGCACCCAUAGGUAGUAGUCGCUUUCUUGCAUUCCUUACUUGCCCGUAAUGUGUACAUCAGAAUAUAAAUGACGACUUAGUAUUUCAUUUGUCUGCUUUAUUUCUUUUUUCAGCUCCUUGAUCUCGUCUGCGUAGGGACCGGAAAGACUUUAGCGAUACGUAUGAGAAAAAUUGAAAUGAUAUUUCCCUUGUCUACUUCUGGGCUUUCAAUUUCAUAGGAGAAAGUUUGGAUUUCGUAGUUGGCCGGCGCUACCCCGCAUUACUAUAUCCAAGGACCUCAUGAUGAAAAUCAGAUGAAACCUGCGUGUUGAGUGGGGAUGAGCUUGAGGUUGGCAAUCGCAACUCUGUUUUUGGCGGGCCAGCUCCGCUUCUCGAAGAGGGUUCUUCAGUAGGUCCGGGGCUGCCGCAGCCGUGGCAGCACCUACCUGGCACGCCGGGUUCGUUACGACAGGGAUCUUCGAUGUCCACUGGACCGGCCGCGCGGCUGUCCAUGAUGUCAACCGCGACGAUUCCUCGAAGUGGGAGCGCUGAAACAACAGCGGGAGACUCGCCUCUGCAGGUCGUGGGAAUACCUUCACCGCGGUUCUCGACGGCGAUGAGCUACCACGCUGGCUACACUAACCUGCUCUCCAGUCGUCGCGAGUCGGAGGUGCUCGAGGUGGAUUUCUGGCACCGGCCGUUGACCGGAGGCGGCAGCGACGGCGAGCAGGUUCCAUCCGGCGGCUUCCUCAACGCGCGAAACGUCACCAGCGAGGAGUCAGGUGGGGCUAGAGAAAGCGACGACACUUCAGGCGCGGAUGAUGGGGAGGACGCCUCGGCCAACAACGCUGGCACCACGGCGGCUCGGAGCAAUAAGGCUGCGCACGGCAGGAGCAAGGCUCACAGCGCUGGGAAAAAUAGGAUAUCCAAUUUUAGCAUGAAGAAAUUCGCUGCUGCGGGUCAACCAGUCUCCUCAACAACCGAAAUCCGUGGGGGGCCCCGCUUUCGCCACAGUGUACCUCCUCGUUUUGUAACUCACUUCGCGCCGUCCAGUGGUAGCAAAUCUAGUAGAGACAGUCUGACGUACAGUCAAACGACCUUCGAGAACGAGGCAGACGGCAAAAGCAGUGGACAUUGUCUGUCGUACCCCCCACCGGGCCUCUCGCCUCAUGCAUAUCCACAAUCCGACCACUCGGGGCUACAAUGUGAGGACUCGAGCGCGAUCUUGCACUCUGCAGGAGCGUGGCCAUCGACAGAAGCCCGCUGGGGGCGGUCCUCAUCCCGUGACUCCACGCUGCCCAACGGUUUUCCGCACCCCGAGCCCGGACAUCUCGAAGUUGACGACAGUGUACGUUACGAUGGUGGUGCACUGGAUGUCCACAAGGAGCGAGCUACCACUACAUGCAUCGGAGUCUCGCUGCCUGGCACUAGCAUACCUCCUGGCAUGGAAAGCGAAUUUUUACGUCGCAAUUGUAUCUCGGAGAUUGAUGCCGUUACGCACGUGCAUGGGACGCCGCAAGGCUACACAGGGCAAGAUGCCGUCCCGCGCACCUCUUACUUCAUGGAAGAUAUGCAUCGCUACUCUGUUGCAAGCUACGAGGUACCUGCACCCGGUGCUACAACAGGGUCUACACCCGGUGGCUCGCGACCCUCGUCUACGACAGUGUCAGGAUCAGGCGUCUCCGGACAACAAAAACAGAGCCGCGAGAACGUCAAAGUGAGCAGUGAGCGCUCAGCAGAUCUCACUUGCUCUACCUCACCACAGGAUACGCAGAAAGCGGGCGUCAGUCGACAGCAUGCCUGGAUGCAAAAGCAGAGCGCCCGGCGGCUCCCCAGCACUAUGUUUCAACCACUCAUGCCGAUUCGUGACGCAGAUCACGACGAGGAAAUCUCCCAGUGGAAAAUGUCUUCCUCGGAGGCAAAGGUUGCACUUUCCAAAACAGGGCAACGCGAUGCUGCAAGGGUUGAAAAUCAGACGUGGCGAAAAUGGGUCAUGCAACGAGGUACAGCUAGUAUUCAAAUUCCAGUUCGAGUAACACUACUGCAUAGUAAAUACAAUGAAUGGUAGACUUGAUUUUGGAUUUCGAUAUUUUCCUCAUUUCAAUUUUAGGUAAAUCAAUACGUAUGUAUAAUCACGGAAGACAGAAUAUGAUGAAGUAUUGUUUAGUCUUAGAAUCCACAAGAUAAUCAUGAUUGUAUAGUUUCGCUCUGCAACUUCUUUGCACCAACUACAACAGUUCGGCGCCGUGGUGCGGAGCAGGCUUCUGUGGCCUCAUCCAUGUGCGUGAGCCCCGCUCGGUUGUAUGGAACAACACCCUCACCUUCGUCUUCGUCGUGGCUAUAUGUUCCACCCAGAGAGCAGCAGCAUCAUUUGAGCGAUGCGGUCGCUCAAUACUAUCUGCGCCAUAAGCAGAUGCCGCCGUCAUCUUCGGUGAAGGACCAGCAGAGUGAAGAGGGCGAACAAAUGGAAAUGGAUGCAGCUGCGAUGGAGCGGCAGCAAGAAGAAACCGAGAAGUUAAGGAUUCUUCAGUAGCGCAAAUCAACUUUCUCACGCUCAAUAUAUUUCUACGGAGAAUAACUUUCUACUAAGCAUUGACGCAUCUAGAUCAAGAUUACGACUAGAUUCUCUGUAUGAUAUGCAGUUCGCCAAAUUUUUGAUGGUACAGGGCGAUGUAUUCGUCUUAUGCUCAACUUCAAUGUACCCAUUCUCAUUGCAGUCUUGGUUUAAAUUACUCCUUCUCUAAUGAAGCAAGCCGACACAUCGGAGUUGCGUGGAAACGACGAUGCGGGUGUUAGCGAUGGUAGCCACGCUAAACUAAUUCCACACCUGCCGACGGUAGUUGGUGAGAGCUGUGGAAGAAAUGAGGGGGAAGAGCCUACGCAGGGAGCUGGAGCCGCAAACGCGGUUGAAGCGGAAGACUGACCUUCUUUCUCGCUGUGUCACUCUCCGCGAUAGAUGAUACCUUUGCCAACACACUUUGCUCGAAGUGUUGGAAUGACAGCGAACACUUAUCAGUAGAUAUGAUAUUUAUAACCGAGCAAUUUAUAACACGAAUGACGGCUGGCACGAAUGGCACGGUUGGGACAAGCCAACGAAGCCAAAAAAUGCCACGAGUGGCCCGGUUGGUAGAGGAUGACAGGGCUCCACCGGUUGGCGCCCCUGGUCUUCCUUGGAUAAGUGGCGGACCAGCAUGCGGCCCCAGCCUCAAAGUGCCCAGGCGAUCCACUGCGCAGCCGAUGCGUGAGGGCGGGGACGCAGGCAAGCCGUGGCUUAGCUGUCGGGUCGGGUGUGUGGCUGUGGCGGAGCAAAAGCAAGGCGCCCGAACGGCGCCCGGCUUGCGGAGGCUAGUGAAGCGCGACGCCGUGGAGGGUGUGGAAGGUUGAUGGCAGGGCGCCCGGCGCCCGUGGGGUUCCAGAAGGUAUGCGUGCAGCAUUCGGAAGAAGUAGCAACGCCGUGGGGGGGCAACGCUGGAGAACGCAGGGCGCCCGAAGGGCGCCCCGCUCUCGGAGGUCUGAUAGGGUCACGAAUGGCACGGAUGGCGGAACAGAUUGACGCCUUGGACUGGAUGCCUGCCAUUCGUUCCAACCGUUCAACCCGUGCCAUGCCAACCGGGACCCGGGACCCUAAUAAACUGCUCUGCUAUGAUUUCAAUCAAUUUCAAUACUAGUACACUUUUUUUGCUUUACAACAAUCAAGCUGACAAUAGAAAAUGCGAAUGCUGUAGCGAAUGUAGUUUCAGUCUCUCUUCGGUUUCAUGAACGACUAGCAAACUUAGUUUCAGUUUUUAGUCCCUUGCUUCGUGGCUGUGGGAUGGGGAGGAACAGGUCGUGGGGAGCAGAUGGGGGUUUGUUGUUUUUCUCGGAGUAAUCAAUGGAAAUAGAUGGAAUAUAUGUUCCAGGGGUGGAGGCUCCCUCCCCUGUGGACGGAGCGGCGGUGGCGUGCGCGCGCCUUUUUUCCCGCGGUGGUGACAUGUAAGGAUUCCCGGGAGCCAAGCCCCUGGCGGCUCUCCGCGUGUACCCGACAGGCGUCCC